CACUGUUGGAAGGUGGUAAUGAAUCACUGAGAGGGAAAACCACUGAGGCGGUUUGUGUGAGAGCCCGGAUGUGUAUCACACACACGUACAACUUGUAAGAUAAAAACAGCACACGUGAUUCACAGUGAAAUAUACACGAAGUAUUACAUGUACAGAGAUAAACUUUCCUAUUCUAUACGACAAAGACAGGAUUUAAACCGACGUUCGGCCCGUCUGAACGAUGUACAACCGAGUGGUGGCCAGCGUCGUUUUGUUCUGUUAUGUUCUGAACGUGACAUCAGCGGAAAAGAAAUGGACAGAAUGGAGCGAGUGGACCACGUGCUCCACCACGUGCGAGUUCGGACUACGAGAGAGAAUUUCCCGCCUUAAUAACGAAGAUGGGGGCUUUACUAAUCUCACUAGGACCGAUCACAGAACGUGUUUAAAUGACGUCAUGUGUCCAGUGGCCGGUAACUGGACAAGUUGGAGCCCGUGGAGUCACUGUUCUAUGCCGUGCGGAAUGGGCCAACAGAAACGGGUCCGCCAUUGCGCAAAUCCACGCCCGGCCCACGGUGGAGCCGAGUGUUUUGGACCGGAGGAACAAACCCAGGAGUGCAAAAAUCAGCGAUGCCCACCUAUCCCUGCUGAUUUCUCCAUGGAUCUGUGUGAAGAUGAACACAGGAUCUUUCUGUGUCGCAGCGCCAUACAAUGUGUCAACAAAACGGAAGUAUGUAACAGGGUGGUAAACUGUCAUGACGGAAGUGACGAAAUGAGUUGUUACAGAUACGGUCCAAAUGCUUCCGCCUCCAUCCAAAACCUGCUAUCAACAGCCAUGACGAUAUUUCUUUGCCUGGUGUUGGUCCGUUUGACGUCCUGACGACACUGGGGUACCCAGCGUUAAUGACACGUCGAUAUAUUUUAUAUGAUUAAGAAUACUAAGACAUGGUGCUGUUUGUUUUAAAUGUUGAUGAUCGGCAUUAUUCCAUUAGAGUUACCUCCCGUUGGUCCGAUCAUUGCUGAUUGAAUUGAUUGUAGAUUUUAUAUUGUUUGUGGUUUAAUGAUACUAUCGAAGGUUGUUGUAGUUUACUGUAUGUCAUGUUUAUCCCUCCCACGCUUUAGGUAUAUAUAUGUAUAUCCUGGAAUGCUGAUGUUUUCACAUGCACGGGGUCGAUUACAUGAUAAGUCAAUUAAUUGAACUAUGUAUUAUAUCAUAUUAUUGACAUUACCAUUACGACAUGCAAUGUACUAAAGCUAAUGACAUUUACAGUUUAGUAAAUGAAAAUCGUAUGUAGAUGGCACUUUUUGUUUGAAAUCCUUUGAUACAUAAUUAUUUAAAUUACCGAAAGAGGCUAUUCUCAGUUGUUAGGUUUGUGUCCUCUUUGUAUGCAAUCUGUGAUUCCAACUUAACUUACCUGGCUAUGGCAUAUUGUCUAGUCUAUAAACAAUUGCUAAUUGAAAUGAUUUUCUGGUUUUUUGGACUGAUAGCUAAACAGUUUUCCGUUACUCCGGUCCAGUGACUAGUGACUAUAGACAUUAAUUUGUUUACAAAAGCGUUUAUGUCCUAAAUACAGUAUUUAAAACGUAAUCCAUCUACACACACACAUACGAGAUAUACCACACCUGUAAAAUAUCGAUAUUAUGUAUAUAAAUGUAUAUGUAAAUACAUUUUUGUAUGCUUUCAUGAUAAAAAAUGUCACCUUAAAACCCGUCAAACAUUUAUACUAUCAGUUAUACAGUCUUUUGAUAAUUAGUAAUAUAAGUCGUUUAUAUAAGAAUUUCUUAAUCAAUCACAACCUUCUUCAAAAUUAGCUGAAAUAAAUGGAUAUUUGUCUAUACAUGUAGAUGAAAUGUAAUUCGCUAUAACAGUAAGCUGACAUAUUUGUAGGUUGUAAUUUGUUAUAACAUUUAUUUUUCAGUGUAAAUGAUGAAAUUACCAUUUCUUGUAAUUAAAUUUACUCUCAAUUACACAUUACUUUUAUUUACUUGAAACAAAUUUAAAUUAAUGACCAUUACAUUUGAUUACCCUGUAAAUAUUAUAGGCGGAUAUUUCCUAGACAUACUUCCUCCAAAAAAUAUACAAUAUGAUUUUGUAGUCCCUAGUUGUGUUUUUAUUGUUUUUCACUUUUCAUAAUACAUUUUAUGAUAGAUGUAUCAUUUAUGUGACUUUUAUAUUGAUUUAUAAUAUAGAUGAUAUACAUACAUUAGGUGCUAUGUGUGAUGACGUUAUCUAUAGAAUCUGAGAUGUUUGUGAUCAUCAUGCAAAAGUUAAUGUAUGCAUUGUUAAAAGCGAAAUUCUCAACCUAAUCAUUUUUGUAUUAUAUUUUAAAAUACUUUUCAAUGAUAUUCUGAUUUAUAAUUUACAUUCUGUUCUAUAAAUUACUCAUUAUUACAGAUUACAUGCAUUUUUAACCUUUUAGUUCUUUCAGUUGUGUGUUUUAUUAGAAACGUUCUUGCCAGUGUGAAGUGUAGAACAGCCGGUGCUAUGGUAACUUAGUACCCUGGUAUCCAUAUACCGCACACCCACAAGUUUUCUACCGUUAUUAUGCUUGUAACAGUGCUGAGGGAAACAUGCCCGCACACGAUCUAUAUUUGUUUACAAGAGAAUGAAAUUUUUAUUGUGUCCGUGCAGUAUAACUUAUAUAUUUUUGAUAUACCAAGGUAUUUGAUAUAUUUUUGAUAUACCAAGGUAUUUGAACACAUCAUGUGUCCUUCACAUACAUUGUGUACGCUUACAUCGUGGUUUAAUAAUACAAUGGUUGCUAUAAUUAUUCGGUUUAGAGUGAAUAUUGUUUUAUUUGUUAGUAAAUGAAACGUUAUGCAAUACUCUAGGGUACUAUAUUUACAUCGUAAUUCCGCCAGUACUUGCCAUACGUAGUUGUCUUUUUUUUCUCUUUCCCUCUCUUUAUUUUUUGAUGUGUCAGCGCAGUCUUUACGACUAAAUUUUCUACAUUGUAUAUACAUGUAGAUGAUAUUUGUGUCGUUAAUAAUAAGGAUACCGGUAUUUCAGGGGUGUGAUUUGAGGGAGAGAGAGAGAUGUUUUUUUUCACAUGAUAAUUACUUGUGCUGUUUCUUGAAUAAAAAUACCUUAUAUUUGUAAGA